AUGGAAAGAGAUCUUUUAAACCCUCAUUACGAAUAAGAAAAAUAAAAAAAUAAAUUUAAAAGAAUUAUUCAAACUCCGAAUUCAUAUUUCAUGGAUAUUAAAUGUAUGAACUGCUAAAGCGUUUAAAUGAUUUUUUCACAUGCAUAAUCAACUAUUCUUUGUGAAAAAUGCUCUGCAAUUUUAUGUAAACCAAGUGGGGGUAAAGCUUAAAUUACUCCUGGAUGUGCAUUCAAAGUUAAAAAUUGA